CCUACCCCCCUCACCCCAAACACUAUCAUAUCACGUAGUGUGUGUACAUCUCACACAACCUCAACCAAAAACAACAUAGCAAAACAGUGGGAGGAAACCCAUGGACAGUAGUUCCGAUGGCAGUACAUUCUUUUCUGUCUUGCAUUAGCUGAAACUAGAAGGAAACUUUCCAUUCAUCAUGCUUUUACAAUGAGCCAUCUGUAACAUGAUGUCAACAGUGAUGGCUGUGUCUGGUGGCUCUCAGGCAUCAGGUAGUGGUGGUUUUCAUUCAAAAGAACGAGAACAGUUGAUGUCAGAUUUACAUGAUGCUGUCAAGAAAUGUCAAGUUCGAUUUGGGGGGCGAGCGGAACUUGCUACUGAGUCAGAUCCGCAUGUCGCUGCCCUAUGCAGUCGACUGGAAGCCGCUCUAUCUCAUGGAUUACGAGUCAAACCACUGAAUAAAUCCAGCUCUGCAUUUAAGCAAAUGACAGAAAUUGUUUCUACCAGCUUAUUGCUGAACCGGACUGAAACCAGCAGUCAUGUAUCUUUUUGGCAUUAUGUAGCUGAGCACCUGACCAAACAUGAGUAUGAACGCUAUCUUCUUCUCAAGCAGGUGUGGACUGAUAUUGGAAGAGGUAGAGCUUGGCUUAGGUCAUCUCUGAAUGAGCAUUCACUAGAACGGUAUUUACAUUGCUUACUUGGGAAUCCUCAACAAAUGUCACAGUAUUAUGAAGACUGGUCAUUGUUAUUGGACCAAGAAUUAUCCAGCAACCUUCCAACUAUGGCCAGAGGCUUAGGACCUAUUUUAUUUGCUAUUAGUAUUGAUAAAAUAGAGUUGAAUCAGUGGGGACCUUCUAAGGGUCCAAACAAUAGUUCUUCUGAUCCUUCCCUAUCAAGAUCGGAACCAAUAAUAAUUGCUGAUGUCCAAAAUGACAACAGUAGCUCUGGAAGUGGCAGUAUGGGAAGCAGUGGCAAUAAAAAGAAAACUGACAGCCGGAGAAGGAGGAAAGGCCCUGCUAAUAUUAUUUCUUUCGAUGAUGAUGACACUGUCUCACAGAGUAUAAAGGCCAAUAUGAGGCCUUUUGAUUUUAACAGUGCACCUGCUACAUGUUUAAGUUCACCAGUCACUGUUCCUGUUACUGACUCUGAUCAAAAAGGUGGCAGUGGUUCUUUCACAUCUGCUGGAAUCAUAAAAACAAAUGAACAAGUUGAGGACCUUGGGAGUGGCUUGACCGAAAACGGUCCUGAGAAGCCUGUUACAGAACAAACAUCUGUUGAACAGAUUUUGAAUACUCCUACAAUAAAUCCCUCUCCUCCUGUUGUAAAAGUAGAAAUGCAAUGCUCUGAUGAAGAAGGAGAUGUAACAAUUAAGAGCAAAUCUGGACACAUAUCAAGGAUAACUGAGCAGCUCCAGACCUUGACUCCAGUGAACAAUUUAAAUGUUGGUGAAUUAAUACCAGUGUCUAUGAAUGAGGAGGCCCAUUCGGAAGAAGAUUCACUCUCAGUUCCAAGCUAUUCUGAGGAUACAGACUGUGCUGCUGCAGCCCUCAUUGCAACACAGAAAUUACUUCAGAACACUACAUUAGACUAUAAUCCCCCUGAACAGCCCUCAAGCAGUGCUCGGACAAAGAGUAAAGUGGAACUUCCUGCCCAUGUCAAUGGUGAAGUACGAGAUGCACUUCUUGCUGUCCUUACCCGCAAGGAAGAGUUACAAAAAGAAAAUCGUCAUUUGAGAAGAGUGAUGGAGGAAAGCCAAGAAAAGGUUAAUACACUUCAGGCAGAAAUAGCUGAAGCAUCUAGAGUCCAUUCUGAAAAAAUGGAACGUGUUGAAAAUCGUUUACAAUCUUUAAACAGGGAAAAUGAAUUAUUGAAGCACCAGUUAAGAAAAUAUGUGGGUGCCGUUCAGAUGUUGCGUAGGGAUGGUGCUCAGGCACAUGAAAUGUUAAGUCAAUUGGCUGGAGGGCAAUUGGUUGGGGAUCCUCCAGAUUAUCACUCAGAAGCUCGUGAAUAUGAAAAAAAACUCAUUCAGGUUGCUGAAAUGCAUGGUGAGUUAAUGGAAUUCAAUGAACGACUUCAUCGUGCCCUUCAAGCCAAAGAAGCUGUGUUACGCAGGCUGAGAGAUGAACUUGUUGAUUUACGAGGCCCCUUGCCAGAUGAACCAGCAACCUCUGAUGAUGAUGCCCACAGUGUAACAAGUGAUUAUGAUGGAGGCUCGAUUUGCACCGCAGCACGUGCAUUGGUCAAUAUAUGGGUACCUUCGGCUUUCUUGACUGGAGGCUCGUCUGAUGUUCAUCAUGUUUAUCAAGUGUUUAUAAGAAUAAGAGAUGAUGAAUGGAAUAUAUAUCGUCGCUAUGCCCAGUUUUAUGCCCUUCAUAAGGACUUGAAAAAGCAAGAUGCUGUGGUCGGAACUUUUGAUUUCCCUCCCAAAAAGGCCUUGGGAAAUAAGGACGCUCGUUUUGUAGAGGAACGGCGUAAAAGACUUCAACAUUAUUUGAGAUGUGUUAUGAAUCAUUUAAUUCAGUCUAAUGCUGAUCUUGCCUCUUCUCCUGAUAAGGAAAUUUUAGUGCAAAUGAUUCCAUUUUUUGGAGAAAUGUGUAAUGGGGGUGAUGAUAGGACACGCAGAAAACGAACGAGUUCCCGAAAUCCCUUUACUCGACUUACACGAGUGAAUCCUGAAAUUCAGCCUGGUGGCUCAGCUCCUCAGUACACUGGUCUGUAAUUCAGUUUUUGAAAUAACUUGCUCAAGGGCCGUGUUCCGUCCUCCACACUUUCCUUCCUUGAUAACGUCAUUUGUGUAUCCAUGUAACACUGAUCAAUACAAAUAGGUAUUAAUGUAUCCAUAAUGUUUCUGGAAUGAAAUGAAGUAGGCUUUGGAUUUAAGCUUCAAGGGGGAGCCAUGGAGAAGCCUCCUAUCGUUAUUGUCCUUGACUCUACCUGUCAUUUCAUCUGUGGGAGCACUUCUAUUUGUUGGUGACACUGACACCUAGUUUUCUGCAGCUCCCCUGCAAGUUCCAUUAAAAAAAAAAAUUAUCGUGUAUGUUAUGUAGUUUGCUAGUUCCCUGAGUGGUAGUUUUUUUACCUUGAACCAAACUUAUUGUUAUAUGUACUAAAGAAUCCAACAAUCGUUGUUGAAUUCAUAUUUAUGAAUUUAUUUACCUGGAACUAGCUUACCAUUAAGGUUUAUCCUUCUUUUUCACAUGUUGAUAUUCUGAAAGUUUUCAAAAGGAUGAUAAAUUUUAUGUCAAUUAUUGUAGUAAUAGUUGAGGUGUCUUGUGAUAGGAAGUGCCAAUUCCAGCUGUAGGUAUUACAUCCUUAGUCAUCACACAGAACAUUUUCACUGAAGCAACUCUCUCAAGUCUUCAAAAACAAAUAUGUUAUUGUGGUUAUGGCUUGUUCCUAUUUUAUAUUUCACACUGUUGAUUUUAUACAUGAUCUUUGUCUUGGUUUUAAAAAUGAUUGCCUCAUCUGUUUUAAACUGUUUUGUCAAUGUUCAGGAGCUUAUUGUAGAAAAUACUCAAAACUUCAAGUGUAAUUGCUAUUCAUGCAUCCACCAAUCACUUAACUUCUCAGAGAAAAAUUCUAAAGACCUUAAGAUCUGAUAAUGUUUUA